AGUUGCUGGUACCCUGGUUGUGGUGCCCAUCGAGGGCCAUAAUGUCACAGCCAAUACAGUGGCCUCUGCUGCUGAGUUUAUACGUGAGGACGUCAUACCAAGAUGCCUCACGCCUCAAGGGAUCAAUGAUCUAUGGAUCAGAUUACAGCAAGAGGAGGACUCAGCAGCAGUAGAGAAUGCGGAAUGGUUACGGAAGGUUGAAGCCUAUCAGCCUCGGGCUCAUAAAGGGAAAGGUGGUAUUGGUGCCGCUACUGUUGGUGACGGACUUGUUGCUGGGACGCCAAUGUUUCAUACCCCAAUCGAGAGUAGUGAGAGGAGCCACUUCAUCCAUGGCCAGACAAUAGACCCAGAGGACAGUGAGCCUGUGGUCAGUAAUCUGGUAAAGAUACCAGAGAAGGUAUCCCAGGUAGUUACUAGGCGCCUGCAGGAGAUUAAGAUGGCUACCAAGAUAGUUGAUAUCAAGAUAUCAUCUACACCCCAGGCAGGUCAGAGGAGUGUCAUGCUGAAGGGCACCAAGAACCGGAUACAGACGGUCAAGGACAUCUUCAUGGAGUUUCGAGCAUCGGCAGCUGAUAGAAAGUCUGCCACCUUGGACAACCUCCUUAAUGCGUAUCAAUAUACGUCCCACAUUUAA